CGCCGCCGCGGCUGAGGUCGCUGGGUUCGCCCGGCGGCCGCCGCCCUCGCCGCCCCCUGCAUGCCCGGCGCGCGGAUCGCAGCCCACCUGGACGCUCUGGGCCCCCUGGUCUCGCACGUGCAGCCCCCGCUGCCGUCCUCUAUGUUCUACGUGGGCCUGUUCUUUGUCAACGUGCUGAUCCUCUACUACGCCUUCCUCAUGGAAUACAUCGUCCUCAACGUGGGCCUCGUCUUCCUGCCCGAGGACCUGGACCAGGCGCUCGUGGACCUCGGCGUGCUCUCCGACCCCGGCUCCGGCCUCUACGAGGCCGACUCGGAACUCGACGUCUUGGACGGGUACUUGGAGUAAGGGUCUUGACUGCUAUCCACCCCCUCGUGCCCUCCACGACCUGCUACCCUCAGCCUGGACCUGCUGGCCUCAUUAUGCCGCUGCUCUUGGUUGGGGGCACCCUCUGGACUCGGAUGGGACCCCAGGAGGAGGCCCUCCAAGAUCCCAUUCACAAGGAGUCUACCCCCUUCACCUACCACUUCCAAAAGCUUCCUAGCAUCAUCUCGUUGUGGGGAUAUAGAAUUUGGCAUGAACACAAACGUCCACUCUGUGGCAGAGGCUGAUGGAGGUUGGGCAAGACCUGCUGGUGGCUGUGUUGGGGGGGCAAAGCACUCCCCUAAGACAUCAUCUUUGGUUGAGCAGGGUCAAGUUCAAGGGGAGGCCCUAGGCCAGCUGCUUUACAUUCCUCUCCAGCCUAUCUGCUGCCAUCCAAGCCUUCAGUCCUCAAUGAGCAAAGCAGGCAGCGUGGGCACCCUGGCCUAGGGAGAACGAGCAGAAGCCACAAUCAGACACGCAAGAAAAGACCCGAGCUCCCCCUGUGCGUUCAGUUUCCUCACACUGGAAACAGUACCUGGUGCCUGAGCUGUCUAUCAGCUCAGUGAGGGUCAAAGAAGGCCUUUCAAAGGGAUGACGCAUCCAGGCUGAUCGAAGGAACUAGACACGAAGAUCCGGAGAAAAACAGUCCAGGCAGAGGGAGCUAUUGGGUGCCAAGAACUGGUGAUGGAGAGUUGGCUUGUCCACAACCCCAAGGAGGCCAGUGUGGUCCCCGGGAGGGGGCGGUGUUGGGCAGCAGGGAGCCACACCAGGCAGGAGAUGAGCAGUGAGCCAGUGGAAGGCUGGAGGAAGGGGAGGCCUCGAUCCACAUUUGCAAAGACUUUGGCAGAAUGCUCCAAAGGGGCAAGUGUUUCAUCAGGAAGCCAGCGAGGAGGCCAUUAAGCUGUCCAGCCAGAAGUGGCAGAGGGCAGCUCAGUGAAGAUGGCAAACAUGGGCAGGCUGAGGACACCUAUCAGAGGCCACCCCCCUUCCAAAUCCAUAUACCACCCUGCUUCUAGAUCCUUUGGCGGUUACUCAGUCACUCAACAAACACUGGUCCCACUACUGAACUGUGUGCUAGGCCCCUUGUGGUCCUGACAAGAACCUACCUCCAAGCCAAGCAUCUGACUUUCAGGCAGCGUCUUGUGAGGAACGUCUUAUUUUAUCCUCUCCGCAUAUCAACAGAAAUACUUCCGCUUCCAAAUGGAAACACUGGCAUACGCGCAACCAAACACCAAAGCCCAAAUGCUUUGACAUCUUUUACAGCAAAUGCUAUUUGAGCACAAAUGCCGGGAAGUGUUUCUUCAGUUACCGUUGACAAGCUUUCUGUGUGACAGGGCCUGGCCCCAGGAAGUGGGUGGGCUAUGUGAAAUACCCCACUUAGGCCUAGGACACACACUCCUCCACCCCCAAAUCCAAGCAAGGAGGAGGCCCAGGAAGCCCUGACCUAGGGGUACAGGACUAGGCAGCUAGCCCCAGGAAAACCAUGUAAGGAAGAUGUGGAAAUGGUUGGAUGGAACCUGGCCUCCACGCCCCUCUCCAUAGGCAGUGAUCAAAUCUCGCUCUCUCUUACUCAUUCUCACCGGACUCGUGCACUGCACACAAAAGACAGGAAGCGCUGGCAAAGGGCAAAGGACUUGCCAGCCAGUGGGGUAAAGAGGUCAAGUUGAAAGGGGCCUUCACUUUUGCUCCGUCUCUCUCUUGAGUGUAUGGCCUAUCAAAUUCAGCCCUUAAGCAUUGACUGGAUGCCUACUUAGGGCACUUAUAGGGUGGUGAAGAGCCAGCGCCCUAGCUUCAGACUUCCUGGGUUCAGAUCUCAGGCCUCGCUAUGACUGGCUGCACUGUUCAACCUCCUU